AUGGCCAAAUGCUCAAAGACCAAAGUCACUGGGUAUAAGCAAGCAGAUGGCUCUUACAGAACCCAAUAUGAAGGUGACAACAAAUAUGAACUUACGUAUUUAACAGCAACGCAUGCAGUCUUUAAGAGUAAGAAUGUGGAUAGAGCCGGCACAGAAACAAACUUGAUUUUUAUUCUUGGAAAAGGUGAGCCUUUGACUGAAGAAGCACAUAGAAAAGUUGAGGCUUAUGUUGAGAAACACAACAUUCCAUCAGAAAACCUUCAAGAUGUUCUGGCUACAGAUACUUGUCCCGUGUAAAGACCUUCUGUAGAGGACAACCGGAUGACAAUUAUACAACAUAUCCUCUUGACCAUGGAAUCAGUAUCACAUAUAAAUCACCAUUUCUUUCUGAAUGAAUUGUCCCCACUCCUGUGAAGUCAGCAUACCACAUUCCAAAUUCCUGACUUACCUCUCCUUUCCUUUUUCGUGAUCUAUGAGCUGUUCUUACUUUUCUGAAUGAUUAAAUAAAGUGAUUCAAGAAGCAA